GCGUGGGCUCACGGGACGGCAGUGGCGGCGGCGUUGAGGAGGCCCGAGAUGGCGGCGGCCGGGGCUGUGGGGCGCUUCUCUGUGCUGGGGCUUCCGCGCUCCCAUGGCCGCACCCUCUUGGGCGGCACUAGGCCCGGUACUUUCGUGCUGCGGCUGCCUCAGGCUGCCACAAUGUCAUCAUUCUCAAACUUCUCGAGGGGCCGGAAGGUUGUGCUCUCAGCUUUGGGAAUGCUGGCAGCGGGAGGUGCAGGGCUUGCUGUGGCCCUGCACACUGCUGUAAGUGCCACGGACUUGGAACUACACCCACCAAGCUACCCCUGGUCGCACCGAGGCCUCCUCUCCUCCUUGGACCAUGGCAGUAUUCGCCGGGGCUUCCAGGUCUAUAAGCAGGUGUGCUCUUCCUGCCAUAGCAUGGAUUACCUGGCUUAUCGCCAUUUGGUGGGUGUGUGCUACACUGAAUCAGAAGCCAAGGCUCUGGCAGAGGAGAUAGAGGUUCAGGAUGGCCCUAAUGAAGAUGGAGAGAUGUUCAAGAGGCCAGGGAAGCUUUCUGACUAUUUCCCCAAGCCCUACCCCAACCCUGAGGCUGCUCGGGCUGCCAACAAUGGGGCACUACCUCCCGACCUCAGCUAUAUCAUCCGAGCCAGGCACGGCGGUGAGGAUUAUGUCUUUUCCCUACUCACGGGGUACUGUGACCCACCUGCUGGAGUCUCCCUUCGAGAGGGCCUUCACUUCAAUGCCUACUUCCCUGGCCAGGCCAUUGCCAUGGCUCCCCCUAUCUACAAUGAGAUCCUUGAGUAUGAUGAUGGUACACCAGCCACUAUGUCACAGGUAGCAAAGGACGUGUGUACCUUUCUGCGUUGGGCUGCUGAACCAGAACAUGAUCAUCGCAAACUCAUGGGGCUCAAGAUGCUGCUAAUGUUCAGCUUGCUGAUCCCCCUUAUCUACGCCAUGAAGAGGCACAAGUGGUCAGUGCUGAAGAGUCGGAAGCUGGCAUAUCGGCCCCCUAAGUGAUCAUGUGGACAUCUUUCCCCACUUUGGGUUUGAUUCACCUCAGCCCUGCCUGGCACAUCCUGUCCCACAGAAAUGGUCAGCGUGGAAGUCAGGUCCAGCUCAGUCUGAUCACUCCUUGGAUGGGCAAGGGUGGGGGUGGGGUGGAAGAACUGACUUUGCCCUACCAGCAUUGCCAGUCCCCUCCUCCCCCCACCAGAAAUAAAUUAAGUUUCUCAAUGUGA